GGCUUGUCCGCAGGCCGCUGCGACCCGCCUCGGGCUCUCCUGGCUGGGCUGGCUAGCUGGCUGCUCCCCAGCUCCGACUCGGUUCCUGGAGAGAGUCUCCGGGCCUUGUGGUUGGGGCUCAGGCGACAGUCCCAAGCUUGCUCGUCCAGAGCGGCGGCGUGCGGAGGCUAGGCCGGUCGACAGCAGGCAUCUCCCGGUGUCCGAUGUGGUUUGGUGGUAAUGGGUGUGAGCAAGUUAGACAUUCUGUACCGGAGACUUCUUCUCACAAAACUUUUUAUCAGAGGAUGGGGAAGACCAGAGCAUCUUAAAAGACUCUUUGAAUUCAGAAAGAUGAUUGGAAAUCGAGAAAGAUGCCAGAAUCUAGUUUCCAGUGAUUAUCCAGUAUACAUUGAUAAGGUUGAAGAGCAGUCAGACUGUAAGAUCCUAGAUGGGCACUUUGUUUCUCCCAUGGCCCACUAUGUACCUGAUAUCAUGCCAGUUGAGUCUGUUAUUGCCAGGUUCCAGUUUAUUGUGCCUAAGGAAUGGAAGAGCAAAUACAGACCUGUAUGUAUUCAUCUUGCCGGAACAGGAGACCAUCAUUACUGGAGGAGACGAACACUUAUGGCCCGCCCUAUGAUUAAAGAGGCCCGAAUGGCUUCUUUAUUGUUAGAAAACCCUUAUUAUGGCUGCAGGAAACCCAAAGACCAAGUAAGGUCCAGCUUAAAAAAUGUGUCUGACCUUUUUGUGAUGGGAGGAGCUCUUAUUUUGGAAUCUGCAGCUCUCUUGCACUGGCUGGAGAGGGAAGGUUAUGGACCUCUAGGAAUGACUGGAAUAUCCAUGGGAGGACACAUGGCCUCCUUAGCAGUGUCCAACUGGCCUAAGCCUAUGCCAUUGAUCCCAUGUUUAUCCUGGUCAACAGCAUCUGGAGUCUUCACUACGGGUGUGUUGAGUAAAUCAGUUAAUUGGCGGGAACUAGAAAAGCAGUAUUAUACACAGACGGUUUAUGAAGAAGAAAUUAUUCAUAUGCUUGAAUACUGUGGGACAGAUUCUUUCAAAAUGGGACAAGAGUUCGUGAAACAUUGCCCUAGCAGUGCAGACAAGUUACCAGACAAGCUAACUAAUUUUAACCUGGUUUCUAGAACUUUAAAUCUAGAUAUGACAGACAAAGUUGUUUCCACAAAGCAUGCUGAGUGCCAUAAUGCUAGUAAAAUACCUAUUAAUGCUACAUCCAAAGGACUCUUGUUGCAAGAUCCCUGUAAGAUAGAAUACUUGAAUCAAACACUUAAAUCCAGCAAAAGUCAUUACACAAAUUACAACCCUCAGUCUUACCAGCUGCUCAGCAAAGAACAAAGAAGAAGCAAUCUUCAAAAAGAAUCUUUAAUAUUUAUGAAAGGAGUCAUGGAUGAAUGUACUCAUGUAGCAAAUUUCUCAGACAAGCCAUCUACGAUGCCUUUGAACGCUUCCUCCAUAAAUAUGCUAACUAACUGGAUCAUUGCAUUGCAUAAUCAAUGCAGACAAAAGGAGUUUAUCCUGUGUAAUGUGAAGAACAAGCAGACAGACAGCAUGAUAUCUCUGAUUGCUACCAGAUUUGUCUAUAAUCCAGUGUUAACAGAUCAAUUAUAAACCUUAAACACAUUUUAGUAGUUUAAAAGCAUUAUUUGAAUUACAUAAUCUUGGAGUAUUUGUUAUUUCUUUACAAAUCCUACAUAUCUGAUAUUUAGUCUAUUACUAUUUAUAAAAACUUUAACUUUUUAAUUAUGAAUAAUUUAUUUCAGAAUAACUUUAUUCAUAGAAACUCACUUUUUAAUGGAAUUGCUGAAACAAAGAUUAUUAUGCAUUUUCUGUACUGUAUGACCUCAUCUGACUUUUCUGCUAUUAACUUGAAAAACCUGUGGCUUUCUUUUUUGCCAGUGUGAUGAAUUUAUAAUAUGGUUUUCAACUCUAAAUUUCCUGCCAUAGAAAUCCAAAGAUGUGGAAAAUCAGUGUUAGCUUUCAACUAUUAAAAAAAAAAAAAAAUUCUGCCUCAAAAAGAAAGAAAGGGAGGGAGGAAAGGAAAGGGAAGGAAGGAAGGAAAUACUGAUUGCAUAUAGCAGUGCAUGGUGUCAUGAGCCUGUGACCCCAGCAUUUGCGAUGUAGAGACAUGAGGAUUGAGUUUACAGUCAUCUUCAGCUACAUAGCAAGUUCAUGGCUAGACUAAUCUACAUGAUGAGAUCCUGUCUCAAAAAGAAAAGAAAAAAAAAAAAAUGCUGGGCUGGGUGUGGUGGUACAAGCCUUUAAUCCCUGCACCCA